AUGGCUGACUUCUCUUUCAAGAAAAUAUCUCCAAUGCUCGGCGGAGAAAAAGGAGCUCGAAAACCCAAUGGCCCAACUUCUUCACAUGACCUCAUCGAGCAGAUGGAGUUUCUUUACGUUGAAGUAAUCAAAGCCAUCAACAACUCUGUCGUAAACCCUAUAGCCCACACAUUUAUCCCCGUCGUGGAAAUCACUCUCGGGAACUACAAAUCCUCGACCAAGAAUCUACCAAUAGGACCAAACUGGGAGUGGAACCAAGUCUUUGCUUUCGACAAAUCCAAAGGCGAUGUCUUGUCGGUUACUCUACUGGAGAGUAAUACCGUGAUUGGCAAGCAAAAUUUCAAGCUGGUCUUGGAUAUUCCGAGUAGGGUUCCUCCCGAUGCAAGAAUCGCUCCGCAGUGGUGCUCUAUGCAGAAUACCGAAACCGGUUAUCACAUGGCAUUGCUGAUGUCGAUCUGUUGCGUGACCAACACGCGGCCUAAGGUCUACCUAGCCCCAAGGCUCUGUUACGUUAGGGUUACAAUUGUUUCAGGUCACGACUUGAUUUCUGCCGAUAAGAAACAGCAGAAUCCUUCGGUUUACGUGAAGGCAACUCUGGGUCGAGUCGCUCUACGGACCGAGAUCAAGUCUGGUUUGAACCCGUCGUGGAAUCAAGAUCUCAUCUUUGUUGCAUCGGAGCCGCUAGAAGGAACGGUCUACAUAAGCCUAAUGGAGAAAUUCGAUGAACACCACGAACAAUGCAUAGGGAAAUUAAAAAAGAAGCUCUCAGAGAUGAGUGCGAUGAAAGUCCCCGGACCAGCACCGGUUCUGUUCCACGACAUUGAACCACCGGGUGAUGUCCAACCGGCAGGUGAUACGAGGCGGUUCGCUAGCAGAAUCAAGAUGAAACUAGCGACUGAUCAAGCUUACCACGUCUUUGAUGAAUGUAGCCAAUACUGCAGCGACUAUCGAGCUUUCGCGAAAGGGUUGUGGACGUGUUUGCUCGGGAAACUAGAGGUAGGGAUCUUGGGUGCGACGGGGCUAACGCCGGUGAAAAACUCGGCGUAUCAAAGGAACGCAUACGUGGUGGCCAAGUAUGGGAAUAAAUGGGCAAGGACUCGAACCGUGGUGGAUAAUCCGUCGCCCAAGUGGAACGAGCAGUAUUCUUGGGAUGUAUACGAAAAGUGUACGGUGCUAACGCUUGGAGUGUACGACAACCAGCAGAUCAUUACAAACUAUGGUCAGGGGAAUGAUGGUCCGAUUGGGAAAGUGAGGAUUCCGUUGAGACAGCUCAAAUGGAACACGGUCUACACCGGUUCUUGGCCGAUAAUGGAGCUGGGAAAAGAAGGAUUGAAGAAGAAAGGUGAGCUUCAGCUAGCGGUUCGCUGCGCGAGCGUUCCGCGAUCUUACGCGUUUGAAACAUCACGUUUCCGUUGGAUGCUGCCGAAGACUCAUUACAAGUUUCCAAUGUCGCUGCUUCAGAAGGAGGAACUGCGAGCACAGGCGGUGGAGGUGAACUGCAUGAACCUGGCGAGAACAGAGCCGCCGCUGAGAAACGAGGUGGUGAGGGAUAUUCUGAAGCCGAAGAGAUCCUUGGCCCGGUUGUUCAGCUGGUACGCUUGGCUCGAUGCAAACGUGAGAUCCACGACAGCUUGUCGUCCGAAAAUCGUUGCGUUUGCUCUCUUUUUUUCGUUGCUAAUCUUUGAUGUGCGGCUUACUAUUUGGAUGGACACACCUCCUUUGGUUCUCGUGGAUUUGAAGCUCUCGAAGCUCGACCCGCCCAGCCUACAAGAGCUAGACGAAGAGUUUGACCCGAUUCCGUCGUCGGCUGAUCCGGAUGUUGUGAUGAGGAGGUACGAUGAGUUGAGGAAGCCGGCGGCGAACGUGGUGGCACUUAUGGGAGAUGCUGCGUCGCAAUGUGAAAGGCUUUACUCUCUCUGGAAGCUCUGUGUUGGCCAUCCGCUCGCUAAGGUUUCUCCUUACAAAAGACUACGAAGAGUGAGCUUCAUUAGCAGUGUUCCAAAAUCUGCUGCUGGUAAAAUCUUGAGAAGGGAACUUGUGCAGCAAGUAAGAUCCAAGAUGUGA